AUAGGAUUUCCGAAUAUUCGUCUACUCUUCUCUUCCUAAGGGAAGGACUUCGGGGCAGAACUUGACGCUUCACCGAGCGAGCAAGCAAGCGCUUUACCAAUUCAUGGCCUCUCCCGUCGCGUUCUUCGUCGCCCUCUUCAUCCUCUUCAACUUUCACGUUAGCGCCGACAUAUUAUUCGAAGAUGGCUACACAGUGAGCACGAUCCUCGACGGCCACAAGAGCAAGUUGUUCCCUCACUCGAUCCUCCCUCAGUUCGGAUCGUCCGAUCUCAUCGUUCUGGAUUCAGUCAACAGCGCCUUCUACACCGUCUCUUUUACUUCAUCCCAAGAGAGUGAGAUUGAGCAGUUAUUGGACAAUGGUUCUGGAUUCUCAGAUGGUGAUUUGGCCACUGCACAGUUUGGCAAGCCAAAAAGUUUUGCACUUGAUUUCAAUGGGAAUAUAUAUGUUGCAGACCAAAAUAACAAUGCCAUAAGAAAGAUAAGCAAGUCAGGUGUUACCACAAUUGCUGGGGGAGGUUCAAGAAUGGGUCAUAAAGAUGGACCAGGAAGAAAUACAUCAUUCUCUGCUGAUUUUGAGCUUGCUUUCGUUCCUGCAAGAUGUGCUUUAAUGAUCUGUGAUCGUGGUCAUAACUUGAUCCGCCAGAUUAACCUGAAGCCCCAGGAUUGUUCAAGAGGUUCUCAAUCUGGACUGGCAGGAGCACCAGUUUGGGCUUGGGCUUUGGUUCUGGGAAUUUCUUGCUUGAUUGGCUUGAUAAUUGGGUUUGCAGUUCGUCCUUAUAUAUAUCCACAUGAAAGUUCCAAACGACUUUACUUCAACGCGACAUGGAAGCACUGCCUAAUCAGUCAGGGGAGACAAGUACUGAUGUUCUGCUUCGACAUCAGAAGCGCAGUUGCUAGCUCAAGACUCUAUGCCUUUUCGAGGAGGUUUAUUAUGCUAAGCUUAUCUCAUCUAUCUCUAAUGUAUCUAUCUCUAAUGUUUAAGAUAGGAACACUAGAACCCCAAGCCUCAUGUAAGAAAAGUGUAUCUUUGUUAGAUUCUGAGCCUCUAGGAAGCGAAGCAAUAUCUGAGUCGCAGAUAUUUGCCGAACAGUUGAAGGAUUUGUUAACUUCAGAGGCAGAGAUGGAAUUAGCAAACCCUACUGUCAAAACCUUAGAGCAAGAAGAUGAAAAUGAGCAAAGAGAUGAUGUUUGCUCUAAUGGCAAUCCUAGGAUAGAUAACAUGAUACAGGCCAACAUCAUGGGUUUUGCUAGGCAGGCUAAAAGAGCUCCACUUGAGGAGUCCUUUGGGACUGUUUCAGGCUUAGUUAAGAGGAGAUGAGAAACCAAAGAAGCUGUCUCUUGACACUUAACGUUCCUACCACUCUAAAUUUAUUGUGUAAUGGCCUUAAACUGAUGUAACGUCUCUACCACCCUAAACUUAUUGGGGCUUUUAUGUUAAUGGAUGUGUUUUGCA